GUGAGUACGUCUGGAGGUGCACUGUACUGUUCAGGAUCGUGGUGGGAGUCUUCCGAGUUAAUAACCUAAUAAAUUGUGGUACUGCUAAACAAUAAUCAGACAGCGGCAAAUUGUACCACUUUUUCCUAAGGUGUUCCUAACCAUAUCAGCCAGAAGAAAGCUCUAGAAAAAUGUUUCAGGAAGGGAGAGUUAAAAGUGAUAGCGUUCUUUGAAACGUCGUCAGAGGUCUGGUCUAAAGGCUGCAGGAGUUUUCCCCCUUCACUUCAGGAGAGCAAAUGUUUGAUUUCAUCCUUCACCAGCACCAUAGUGGGCCGCCCUGCAGAUUGAGGAGGGAGUAAAAAAGCAGAAGGCGCUGGCACUUGAAAAUUUAAUCUCCACUGGUAAGAUCUCUGAACGAAGGUGACACGGCAUUCUUCGUCUUGUAAAAAGGCAACUAUUUUAAUAUCUUGCCUAGAAAAGAGUAAACAGAAACAUAAAUUGCAUGUGAUGUUAAGUAAGAAAACUGGAAUGGCCAAAAUGGAGUUUGAUGGGCAAAGUUGAAACUGCUGAAGUUACUAACUUGCAAAAGAGACCUUAAGUAUGUUAUACGCAAGAUAAUCUGUGAAUUAUAGUGUCGUCUGAAUAAAAGAGGCUAGUGUGGGUAUAGACAGACAUUGCUAAUAGGCAUUUAGGAAGCUGUCCCUGUCUUCACGAGUAUUUUGUACUUUCUGACUCCCAUCAGCUCUCCCUUUACAAGAUCAGGAGGAAUGAGUAUUCUUUGCCCUUGAUAUUGCUCUGUAUGGAUUCUUUCUUGCUUCUUGUAACUCUUAGCAUGCAAAAACCCUGUGUCUCUCAAGUAAAGGAGCUACGCCACCCACAGAUAAAAUCUGAGAGAGUAACUUAUUUAUUUUUUUCUUUCCAACUGUUUUUCCUUUCUUCUUUGACCAGAGGGGACUGGGUUAAGUUCUCAUAAUAAUCCUUUUACUUGUAGUGCCAUUUUUAGUCAUUAGUCACAUAGGCUGCUCGGUUUGUCAGCUAAUGAUGGUCUGAUGAUUUCCUGGACAUUGAAGGUUUGACUGAAGGGCAGCUGGGGGAAAGCGUUGUGAUUCUGAUCCUGUUAGUAUGUUGAUUAAGGUAAAUGAAAUGUAUUUUGAAUAAUACAUACUUAAUGUCAUCCAAUACCUGACCCACCCCCACAAAAAAAAACCCAAAACAAAACACAAACAAACAAACAAACAAAACCCCCAAAACCCCAACCAACCAACCAAAAAAGCCAAGCAUUAGCUGGUAUGAAUCGAAACCAAUUUUAGUCACUCUAACCAGACAGAUAAGAAUCUGGCCUGAGUGAUCUCAGCAAGCGUCACUGAGACUUGCUGUGUGGCCCUCCUGUGAGGCGUAGUUUUACAGAUAUGGAGCACGAACGUGUUGUCACUCUUCCUGCACGAUGCUUCUGUGUUACACUAUGUAUAUCUCGGUGGAAAAAAACCUAGACACUUUGAAGUUUUUCAGUAGUGAACUGACUCUUAAAGGAAAAAGGAUGGGGGAAGACAGAAGGCUCAGAGAAAAAAAAUACCAGAGGAAGGUGUUUGUUACAGCUGUGAAAAAGUAAAACUAAUCAACAGCUGCAAGAACAACAACUCUGCAAACACUGCCUGAAUUUGAGUCAAGGCACCAUGAGGGGUCUGCAGUCUUGGCGGUGUGCUGUUGACAUUUCUAGGUGUGCGGAUAUAUGUUAUUUGGUAAAGGACAAUGAAGUAGGUGUUGUGCUUAAGCUUUUAUUUGCAGUGCUUUUCUCCUUUCUUCAACAAUUUAGUGGUGUUAUAUGGCAUAAGAUUAGAGAAUUAACUUGUGAAACUAAAUGCCAGUACAUAAAUGAGGCAUAACAAUGCAAUGAAGGUGCCUGGAGUAGGAGGAGAGCUGAUUCUAAAAAGCACAUAUAUUUUACUCUCUUUGGAAUCCGUGUUGUCCAUUCCACUGUGUGGAAGGAAGACUCAUUUCCUCAUGUAGGGAUCAUCCAGAAAGAGGAAACCUCCAUGGAAGAGGAGAUUGCUGGCCAGCGCCGAGGACGCUUCAGCCUCGCUGAUGUUAUGUACUUCUCCAAGAAGGGGUGCGAGGCAGUUGCGGAAGACGAAGUCACCCGACGGUUCUUCUCUGAGGAGCUGGUGUCCUGGAAUCUCCUCAGCAGAACCAAUGCCAACUUGCACCACGUCAGCUGGCAACUGACCGUUGUGUGGGUUGUUGGGAUUCUAAUUCGGUAUUGUCUCCUGAUGCCUUUUCGCGUCUGCUUGGCUGUUUUCAGCAUCCUCUUGCUGGUCUUGGCCACUACGGUAGUAGGACAGUUUCCAAAUGGCAGAGUUAAAUGCUGGCUGGGCAACCAGGUUCAGAUGAUAUGUGCCGCGUUAGGUAUCCGAUGUCUAAGUGGUCUUGUUCAUUUCCACAACAGAGAAAACAGACCGCAGGAAGGAGGCAUCUGUGUAGCCAACCACACAUCUCCAUUAGAUGUUCUAAUCCUGGCCAGUGAUGGAUGCUAUUCCUUGGUUGGCCAGGUGCACGGAGGGCUUAUGGGACUUAUUCAAAAAUCUUGCAUGCAAACUACUCAGCAUGUUCUGUUUGAACGCUCAGAAAUGAAAGACCGUCAUCUGGUGAGGAAAAAAAUUAGAGAACACAUUGCAGAUAAGGCCAAAUUACCCAUUUUGAUUUUCCCAGAAGGUACCUGCAUAAACAACACAUCAGUAAUGAUGUUUAAGAAGGGAAGCUUUGAGGUAGGAGGGACCAUCCACCCAGUAGCAAUCAAGUAUGACCCCCGCUUUGGAGAUGCGUUCUGGAACAGCACCAAGUAUUCCAUGAUGACCUAUGUUUUUAAUGUGAUGACCAGCUGGGCUAUUGUCUGUAACGUGUGGUAUCUGCCACCAAUGGUCAAGGAGGAAGAAGAAGAUGCUGUUCACUUUGCCAACAGAGUGAAGGCUGUCAUCGCUGCUCGGGGGGGAAUGUCUGUGCUUCCUUGGGAUGGGGGACUGAAAAGGAAAAAGGUCAAGGAGUCUUUCAAGGAAGAGCAACAGAAAAAAUAUUGCCAGAUAGUAACAGAAAAUGGAUCUGUGGGAAACGGAAAUGUUUGUUAAAUGGUAUUUAUUUUAUCUUAUUUUUUCCAUGACUUAUCUCCACCAGAAAAUGGGCUAUUUUUUAUAUUGAAACCGAAAAAAUAUAUUAUCCUGUAAUAUAUUUUGGAUAUGACACAGCAGGGAAACCAUAAAGAGAUGGUAUUUUGUAUAAAGUAAGGAUACCAUUUUAUAAAUAGGAAGAUUUACAACAUACUGGUAAAGUUCUCUCUGAUGUUGAGUGAGAAGAAUCUGCAACAAAACUACUUAAGUUCAUUAA